AUGCCAAGAUGUGCCGAUGGGUGGAUGCAGCAGGAAGAGUUCUGCGAGCCCACGGGAGUCACUUGCCCUGUGACCUGCUCCUCCGAUGAGCGGAUCUGCUACACCCAGGACUACAACGCCUCGGGGUACCCCUUGGCAGAACGCCAGGUCUGCACCAAGCGCAACCAGCCCUGCAACUGCGGCAGCCACGCCCAGCGCUGCCACGACCCCUGGGCCGAUGAUUACUUCUGCUUCCCUCUUUGGGACUUCCAGUGGAACAGCGCCAUGCGCUGCCCGGUGUGGUGCACGGCACAGCAGGAGUACUGCUACGUGGACAGCUAUGACGCCAAGGGCAAUUGGCUGAGUGUGGAGGAAACCUGUGUGAAUCCUGGUGAAACCUGCGACUGCACCAAGGGUCAGAAUGCCUUCUCCUGCACCAUGACGGACGGAGUCAGCACCUGGUCGGAGUGCCUGCCCAUCAACGGAGGCUACUGCCCCCCGUCGUGCGCGGCCAACGAAGUCCCUUGCUUCGAAGUGGAGAUGAACUUCAGGCCCAACGGCACCUCCAUAGGCUUCACAGAGCCGCCGAAGCCGUGCGCGGCAGACUACGAGUCCUGCAGCUGCGGACGAGAGGCCAAGAACUGUGGGGGCUGGUGCAUCUUCAAGGAGGACAACUGCCCGGUCUUCUGCGAGGUUGGAAAGAAGAAGUGCUUCAUCGACGACUACGACACCAGCGGAAACUACCUCGGCGACCGGGAGGUUUGUGUGGCAGAGGACCAAGUCUGCCCGUGCGGCAAGAACACCUUGCGAUGCCCGGGCGAUGACAUGUGUCUACGAAAGUCGGAAGCGGACUUGGUGUGCCCUUGCAGCGAGUCCCAGAAGCAGUGCACUGUGAGGGACUACACGGCACGAGGCAAGCUGGAGAGUGUGUCGACCCUGUGCGUCAACCUUGGCAACAAGUGCCCUUGUGGAAAGAACACGCUCUCCUGCUCCGAUCCCAACGACCCGGACGACAACAUCUGCAAUCCCAAGUACGCCGGCACGGUGCUCAACAAGUGCCCCAAGCCUUGCACCCCGACAGAGGAGGCGGCAGGCAACAAGACCUGCAUUCAGACGCACCUCACCAACACCGGCACGUUCGAAUCCGAGACCAUCAGCUGUCUGCCAGCUGCCUCCUGCACUCCGGGCAGGAACAUGAAGAAGUGCACCUCGGGCUCCACCAUCCCGGCCUGGAAGCCCUGCAAGGAUUUCUACAACACCGCCAAGAGCAACAGCUCGGCGGUGGGCGCUGGCAAGAAGGAGUCUUCCCAGGUGAUCUUGACGUUCGAGUCGCUGUCGAACGGUGCCCUUGGCAGCUCGGAGGACGUGCGCGUGAUGAUGAACGCCGAGGUCUACUUGCCCACCGGGUGCGAGUCCAGCCUGGACAUCAAGACCUCCAAGUCCAAUCGCCGGCUCAAGGGCCGAAAGCUGCAGACCACCGGCGGCGCCGUGCUCAAGUUCACCGUCUCGAACCAAGGAGCCCACUAG